AUGUCUGACCCAAACUGUCUGGCUCUAAGUCCAGGUGACUCGGAAAGCUUGGCCACGCCUCCUGCUCUGCCACAUCCACCUGGGGAACAGCAGCCAGCUGGCAGGACACUUAUAAAUCCUUCCCUGCCCGCUGAAGGGCAAUUAAAGCCUCGCCCAGUGCGCCACCUCCUGGCUCUGACCGCCAUUUCAUCUCUGGGCUCUGCUGUGUCUGUGAUCAGUUGUGUGGCUGUAAUCGUUUUUCUCGCCAGGAAAAGCAAGCGAUGUAAGGAGGCAUCUAUCCACAUCCACCUGGGCUUAGCUGUGUCCCUGGCCUGCCUCAACCUGCUCUUCUUCUUCACCGGGGUCCUGGCUAACGUGGGAGGGGAGAGCGUGUGCGUCUGGGUGGGGGCGCUUCUUCACUACAGCCUACUCUGCUCCUUCGCCUGGAUGGGUGCAGAAAUUUUCCACACCUUCUGGUUGAUCUGCAUCAUUUUCAACCCCUCCCCGAAGCCCUAUGUGUGGUACACGGUCGGUUUCGUUCUCCCUGCUGUUCCCACAGUCAUCCUCGCUGCAGUAGGGGACGUUUAUGGAGUGAAAAAGGUGACGCCGAGCGAUGACAUCAACAACCCGUAUCUCAUGUGCUGGAUGAAAGAGAACCACAAGGCGUUGCUGGCCCAUUAUUUCACCAACAUGACAGUCACGAUGGUCCUGGUGUCCUCUGGCUUUUUGAUGCUCUUCAUGGUCUACAGAAAGAUCCGCACCAGAGAUGAAUGGAGGCAGAACCGCAAGGCUUUUCUCAGCAUCUGGGGCCUCAGCUGCCUCUUUGGGACCACUUGGGGUCUCACCUUCCUGGACUUUGGACCUCUCGCUGACUUCAUGCUCUUCAUUUCCUGCAUCCUCAACUCCUUACAAGGGUUCCUCCUCAUGCUGCGGUUCUACAUGCUGGACUGGUUGAGGAAAGAGAGCGGAGGCUCGACUCUGGGCACCAGCAGCACCGGCUCCACCCGGCAACACAUGCUGAAGGCCCAGGAGCAGGGCAAGAGGGACAGUGAGCAGAGCUGCAGCAGUCACGCUUUGUAUGCCAAAAUGCAGAAUCCUUUUCAAAACAAAUGAAAGAAUGUUCCUCCACCGACUGCCACAAUGUAGACUGACUGCUUCCCCUGCUGGAGUUCUGUGGGAAAUUUAACAACUCACGACUGAAGAGCGACUCCAGAAAGCAGUGAGCGAGCUUUCCUACACUUCUUCUAGUAUUAGCAGCUUUGGAGCACCCGCUUCUCAGAUGGAAUGGAUUCAACCAUUGUUGUGCAUGCACUUGUGUCCGUUGGUCAUCUUAUGAAGAGUUUGGACCUGUUUUGCAGUACAUUUAUUUUUGCAGCAAAUGAGAAGACAAUUCUGGUGAAUCCAUUUUCUAAGGCUGAUCUCAAAAUAAAUCUCAUGUGUUUAGGACCUAAGAAAAGUAAAAAAAAGCUGUUGCCAGUAUAAUCUUUCCAAGUUCCUUAAGAAAGAUGUAAAGUCACUUAGAACAUGUGUUACAUGUUACCUUCAGCCUCUUGUGGACAGAAUGAGUAUUUCCUAAACACAUGUAAAAGAAAAGUGUGUUUUCAGAUAGAACCUGUUUGACCUGUUCUUAAGUCGUAAACACAGCAGAGGAAAUAUUUUAAGUUGGACGUAGACAUGGAUACCAAUACUUUAACCUUCUUAUUGCCUCUCAGGGCUUCCAUACAUUGCACUGAUGGAGAGAAUCUGAAUAUAAUCAACCUUCCUGGAAGUUUUUUAAAUAACAUAAUCCGCUUUGCAGUCAAAACUGGUUAAAAAAGACUUGAUUCAUCUUCUCGUGGACAGUGGAGAAGAUGUGACCACAUCACUCAGGAAAUCAUAAUACAGGCCUGGAGCCUUUAUUUAUAAAAUAUCUAGACUGGGUCUAGAUAUAGAAGGGAAAGAAUUUAUUUCAGAUUUGAAAUUGAAACUGGUAAUAAAGUUAAGCUUUCUUUCCAGACAGCGAAACAUGAGCAUGCUCAAUGUUUCAAGUGUCUAUGCCCUCAUUUCCAUUAUGUUGUCUACAAAAGAAAUAUCAUUAUUUUUCUUAUUAUUAUUGAAGAUCUCCUUGAACCUUAGAUAAGCUUUUUAUUUGUUUUUGAACCGUGUAAGCAUUUGGUUUGUAGCUAAUUGUAAGUCUUUUUAGCACUUUAGAUUUUCAAAAAUGUUUAUUAGACCCUCAGUGAGUUGUCUUUUGUUUUCAUAUAUGCAUUAUGUAGAACGUUUCAUAUUCAUAGCUGAAUGUUGUAUACUAGAUUACUUUGCCAGGCCCCGUUGAGACCUUCAGUAAACAUUAUAUAAAUAAAAUAUAACAUUAUAAAGUCUUUCAUUUCAACAUUUUCCUAAUUGCAUUUCAAUUGAGGUCAUUUCAACAAACCUGAUGGCAGAAUCUGAUCUAAAAACAUUUGAUAUUUCUGUAAAUAUAAUUUCAGUGAAUGUUAGGAUACUGUGAUAUUUGCACUUUUUAUUUUUUUUCUAAUGAAAUAAUGUCACUUAGAUGACUGUGUAUAUGAUUUUUUUGUUGACGUAAGUAGACUGUUAAUAAAAGUUAUUGUGGUAUAAAGGAA